AUGAGUUCUAAAAUCAUGGGACGAACGGCCUCCAGUAGCUCGCUAUCGGAAGCUUCCUUUGACGGAGGAUCAUCGACGUACGAAGCAACCAAAGCGCGCCAAUCGAUUCAAUCGCAACCGGACAAAAUCCACUGGGAGCACGCGGCGGCCUUUCGUGAUCAUCCCUACCGACUACUGCACCACCAACGCGGUUUGAUCGGAGUAGUACGGGUUCGCUUGUUGGAAGCAACCGAUCUGAAACGUUCGUACUGGUCUCCGCUCGCACUAGGUCCGGUCAAGCACUUGGGAUUGAGCAAAGCACAUGGACAGGUUUCUAGCUUUUGUGCCUUUCAUCUCGGUUUUGCUCCCUCCGACCCCGAGGCUGCCACGUACGCGACAGCAACGUCCGUCGGUUUCAACAAAAAACCCGCCGCCAAACCCAAAGAUGUUCCGCCCACACGGGUACUGAAGAGUCCCGUAGUGCCGGCCAACGACAAUCCAGUCUGGGAAAAUUGUCAGUUCGAAUUUCCCCUCCGCAAAGGCGCCAUGCCGUCCGACGGCAUGCGGGUGCACAUUCACGUUAGUGUCGAAGAAGACGGGACGGCCAUGGAACAUUUCCUACCGGGAGUCUCGUCCCAACGUACACGCAUGCUGGGAUUGGGCAGUUUGGACGUCACCGAACUAUGCUUGGGCGAAACGGCCUCGGGACAAUUGUUGCCGGGGGUCCAAGAUGCGUGGAUUCCCAUUUCCCUCAAGGGACAAGAAAUUCCUGAUUUGGACCGGUCGAAUCGGGACGACCCUUUGGCACAACCCGUUACCAAGCCGGCCCCCUCAACCGCAACGGGUGUCUUACGGGUGUUGGUUUCGUAUACUCCGUUGGGUCUCGAUCCUCAGCCUAAGGAUAUUAUAGCGUUGGAGGCCUUUGCGCGUCGCAAUCCCCUCUCCAGCUCGUGCAGACCCCUUAUCCCACCUCUCAUGCCAAUGACGGUACUCGAGCGCCGCGGCCAGUACCUGCUGGCGGAAUACGUUGCGAGCGACCAACGCAAGGCCUGCGUCCGAUUGCACCGGAACGCGGUCUUUGUCGUGGAACGACAAAACCUCGUCGACGCCGCACACAAUCUCGCCCUGUUGCCUGCCGACGUUUGGAUGUCCACGCCCGUGGGACGCAAAAUGGGGGAAAUCGCCGGACCUGUCGUCGCGGCGUCCCGGGAAUUGCUACUGCCGGCCUUUUACAGCUUCAAACUAGUGUGGGUGGCCGUGCGGACCACCACGCUGGCGAGCAUGUCGGGAGUACGAGCUUUGGGGUCCACACUUUGGCAAGAAGGAUCCUCGUCCCUGAUUGUCGGUCAGCAACAGUCGAGGGAUUCGUACAGGGAGCACGAGCAAAGAGAGCGGAAAGUGGCCACGGCACAGUUUGUGCAUUUGUAG